AUGGCGAAAGCUUCCCAUACAUUGCAAAAAGGUGCUGUCGUCCAGCACACCGCCAAAGCCCAUAACCUGAAAGGUCAACUGCCUGAAGGGAGCAUGGAAUUUUUGGCAACAACCAUUCGUUUCGUCACGCUGAACUGCCGAACACUAUCGAGUGAACUCCAACAAGCCGCUCUAUCCAGACUUCUGCGAUAUCUCUGUGUGCCCUUUGCUGCACUGCAGGAAACACGCGUGAGAGAUCGGCCCGUCAUCAGCAUCGAAAAUUACACUAUAUACUGCGGCGAUGCUGAUGAGAACAAAGUAGGUGGCUGCGCGAUAGCUGUGAGGAACGAUUACAAGAAUCUGGUGGAGGAAUUUGGCUCAACGUCGUCUAGAUGCGCCUUUUUACGACUGCAGGAUCGCAGAGGACGUAAAUUCUGGAUCGUAAGUGCUCACGCACCUACGGAAACCGCUGAGGACAACAGUAAGGACGCCUUCUAUGAUGAACUCAAUGCAUUGAUGUCUAAAAUACCAAGCCAGUAG